UUAAAACUUUCUAUCACAGAAUGAAUGCUUCAGCAUUAUGUUCUCUGAUGCUCACCCUUUGCUUGAUCCUAAUUUCUUAUUCUCUUUUGCUAGCAAAUGCUAAAGCCAAUGGUGAUCAUUGCCUACUUGGAAAUAGUCAGCAGAUGAUUGACCAAAUUUGCAACCAAACCUCACAGAAUGAAAACGAGUGCCUUAAGAUUUUAAAAGCAGAUCCUAAAAUCGUGCAAGCAAAAGACUAUUUUGAAAUUUCAAAGGCGAUCCUAAAGUUGGCCACGAAGAAGGCAAAAGAAGGACAGCACUUCCUCAAAGGGUUGGCACAUAAAACCGGUUCUGCAGCCAUUGCUUUGUGUGCAAACCAAUGGUAUCCUUACACGGUUGGAUCGUUCGGGAGUGCCCUAGGUGAGUUGAAAGAAAGUCCUGAUACUGCUAAUUAUGAUGCAAAAGUUGCUGGUGAUGGACCUGUAUACUGUGAUGAAGCCAUUGCCAAAGCACAUAUUGUUAACCCUGCCAUUUCUGCUCUUAACCACAAAACUUCGUUGCUUAGCUUUAUUGCAUUCCUAGCCACAAAUUGUCUUUCAGAAGAGUAAGGGAAUGCAUGCAUAUGUGCUAGGUCAACCUAAGGUGUGACAAUUAUUACUAUGUUUUAGUGUCUCCUUUGGUGUGGAGAAAGAGUAAUUAAUAAAAUCAAAUGGUAGUUUACUGCUAUUUGUUCUUGGAGUUUUCA